AUGACUGUCUCCUGGAAUGGACGACAAUUGAAAGGCUGUCCGCUGCAAAUAAGCGUCACCAGCGCUGCUGAUGCUUCCAGGGUCAUUUGCUCCGGCGAUGGCCUCAAAAACGGAAUUGUAGGUCAAGAAAUUCGAAGCUUCAUUGACACCAGGCGAGCUGGACCCGGAGAACUUACUGCUCACUGCGUUGGACCCCAUAAAGUUGCCUACUGCGAGCUCUACGAUCACGGAGACGCGACUUUUACGCUUAAUGUUAAACCUCAAGAAGCCGGAAGACACGCUUUGACUAUCAAGUACGCUGGAGAACAUGUUCCUGGGUCACCUUUUACUUUGCGUGUUUCUGGCGCUCCAGAUGCUUCUAAGGUACGAGUUUACGGACCCGGUAUUGAACACGGAGUUCUAGCGACCUUCCAAUCCAGAUUCAUUUGCGACACUCGCGGAGCUGGUGCUGGACAACUUACUGUUCGUGUUCGCGGACCCAAAGGCGCUUUUCGGGUAGAAAUGCAGCGAGAAACCCAAAAAGACAGAAUUAUUCUCUGUCGGUACGACCCGACUGAACCCGGCGAUUACAGAGUCGAAGUACGCUGGGCAGGUGUUCUUGUUCCUGGGUCACCUUUUCCUGUGCGUAUUGUCGAUACACAGGAUGAAUUAUUGUUAUAUACACAGGGCGCGGAUAAUUAUUCAAGAGGCCAUCAUACAAUAUCUUCUUGGCGUGGAUCUCAGGCAAUUCUCUAA